AUGCCCCCGGCCACCGCGCUCAUGUUGAAGGCAUUGGAGCCUGAGGGUAGGCGAGCCGAGCAAGAGCUGAAUGAUUUCUUCCGCGCCUUCUGUGUGGAGGCUGUGGACGACAUCUACAAGAAGCAUGCCGACUUGCUGGCAGCGGUGUACAAGAUCUUCGGGGGCUCCAAGACGCCGCCGGGGAAGCCCAAGUACAUGGCUCUGGGCGAGUUCCAGCUGCUGCUGGAGCUCGCCAACGCGCAGACCACGGGGUUUCUGCUGCGGAACUCCGCGUGGGCCUUCCGGAUGGGCAUGAUGUGUCAGACGGACGAAUCUGGCGCUUCGCGUUUCCAGGAGAUGUCGCUGGUGGAGUUUCAAAUGGGCGUCGGCGCAGUUGCAUUUCUGGCCGCUCGCGCAACGUCUUCUUCCCUGGUGCCUACUGUGAAGCGUCUGGUACAACUCUUGGCCGCCGCGAUGAAAGAGCGCAAGGACAAGCCGCCCAAAUGA